AUGGUCAAGGAGGACGAUAAGUCGACAAAGCUCGACAAGGGCAAGGGAAAGGCCGUUGACACCCCGGAUAAGAAGGAUGGCGACCCCUCCAAACAGAAUACCGGCAAAUCUUCAACCGGUGCAAAGAAAGACAAGAAAGAUGAACCACAAGAAGAGGAACUAUCUGAGGAGGACCAGCAGCUGAAGUCAGAGCUCGAAAUGCUCGUGGAGCGGUUAAUGGAACCAAAUACCGAACUUUACAAGCCUUCCUUGGAAGCCGUCAAAAACUUCAUCCGAACAUCGACCUCUUCAAUGACGGCCGUUCCCAAGCCCCUAAAAUUUCUACGAUCUCACUACCCAUCAAUGACAGAGCUUUAUGAAAAAUGGCCCGCUGGAGAUGAUAAGGUUGCGCUUGCCGAUGUUCUUUCAGUACUAGGAAUGACCUACUCCGACGAAGAUACCUUGGACUCUCUUAAAUAUAGGCUGCUUGCUCCUACCGAAGACUUGGGUUCGUGGGGUCACGAGUAUGUUCGGCAUUUGGCCCUCGAGAUUGGGGCGGAAUAUGCGUCUCGCUCGGAGAAGGAGGCAGAUACAAAAGAUCUCACUGAUCUUGCGCUGUCCCUUGUACCUUUCUUCCUCAAACAUAACGCAGAGGCAGAUGCAGUGGAUCUGUUAUUGGAGCUGGAAAUUAUUGAGGAGCUACCACCUUUCCUAGAUGAGAAUACCUACCAAAGAGUAGGGUUGUACAUGGUUAGCAUGGUUCCACUUCUAUCCCCGCCCGACGAUAAAACUACCCUCGAAACCGCGCACAGCAUUUACCGAAAGUUCAAUAAGUUGGCGCAAGCCAUCACACUUGCUAUACGCCUUAAUGAUUUGGACCUGAUCCAAGAGGAUUUUGACGCGACAGACGACCAAGUCCUUAAGAAACAGCUUGCUUUCCUUGUUUCUCGACAGCAAAUUUGGCUUGACACUCCCGAUGAAGAUAUUGGCGAGUGUCUAAAUAAUACCAACUUGUCAAAGUAUUUCGCCGCUCUCGGCAAGGAAUUGAACAUUCUCGACCCCAAGACUCCCGAAGACAUAUAUAAAUCACACUUAGAAAGCUCUCGCGGUGGACCUGGUGUAACUGUGGAUUCGGCGAAGCAGAAUCUAGCAAACAGUUUUGUUAACUCUUUUGUCAACGCUGGGUUUGGGACUGACAAAUUGAUGCUGGUAGAGGAUGAAAGUAAUAGCUGGGUUUUUAAGAACAAGGAUCUUGGUAUGUUGAGUGCUACAGCUAGUAUUGGAAUGCUGCACCAAUGGAACGUAGAACUUGGAUUGGGUGUUGUUGAUAAGUACACGUACGCCAACGAGGAUUAUAUCAAGGCCGGAGCAGCUCUCGCUAUUGGUAUCCUUAAUUCCGGCGUCCGAACUGAGGCCGACUCGGCAAUGGCCCUGCUUGCUGAUGAAUCCUACCUUGACAGCAAGAGCCCCCACAUAAGAGUAAGCGCGAUCAUGGGUCUUGGACUAGCGUACGCAGGAUCGCAACGUAUUGAACUCCUGGACCUCCUUCUACCCAUUGUUAGCGACACGUCGCUAUCGAUGCAUAUCUCGGCUAUGGCGGCUUUGUCUCUUGGGUUGAUAUUUGUUGGUUCGAGCAAUGGUGAUAUAACUAGCACAAUCUUGCAAACCCUCAUGGAAAGAGACGACUCUCAAUUGAAGGAUAAAUGGGGACGCUUCCUUGCACUUGGUUUGGCCCUUCUUUUCAUUGGCCGACAAGAGGAUGCAGAUGCCACUCUGGAGACCUUGAAGGCCGUCGAGCACCCAAUUGCCAAGCACACCGGUGUCUUGGUAGAUGCAUGUGCUUACGCGGGGACCGGAAAUGUGCUCAAAUUCCAGAGUAUGCUGCACCUUUGCAACGAGCACAUUGAUUCAUCAGAAGACGAAAAGAAAGAUGAUGAUCUUUUCCAGUCAUAUGCCGUAAUUGGGCUGGCUCUUAUCGCCAUGGGAGAGGAUAUUGGCGCUGAGAUGGCUCUGCGACAAUUCGGGCAUUUAAUGCAUUAUGGCGAUGGUGUGAUUCGCAAGACUGUACCUUUGGCUAUGGGUCUCCUAAGCGCAUCAAACCCUCAAAUAAAGGUCUACGAUACAUUAUCUAGGUAUUCUCACGACAACGAUAUUGAUGUGGCGAUAAACGCGAUAUUUGCCAUGGGAUUGGUUGGCGCAGGAACAAACAACGCCCGCCUGGCCCAGCUGUUGAGACAGCUUGCGAGCUAUUACCACCGAGACCCCAACUCUUUGUUUAUGGUCAGGAUAGCCCAAGGAUUGCUGCACAUGGGCAAGGGAACGUUGAGUGUCAACCCGUUCCAUACCGACCGCAGUGUCUUGAGCAGAGUGGCUACAGCUGGGCUGGUUACAGUGCUCGUUAGUUUGGUUGAUGCUAAGAGUUUUGUUCUUGACUCCGCACAUUACCUGCUAUACUUCCUUGUAACGGCCAUGCACCCUCGCUUCCUCAUCACCUUGGACGAGAACCUCGAGCCUCUUCCUGUGAAUGUCCGGGUUGGGCAGGCUGUAGAUGUUGUCGGGCAGGCUGGAAGGCCAAAGACUAUCACGGGAUGGCAGACACAAAAUACCCCUGUUCUGCUAGCCUACGGUGAGAGGGCAGAGCUGGAAGACGACGAGUACAUUUCUCUCAGUAACACCCUUGAAGGGCUUGUGAUUCUGAAAAAAAAUCCUAACUGGCAAGGAAGAGACUAA